AUGUGGUGGAAGCAUGUUGAUGGUAGUCUAGAAAAUGACCUCAAUCCAUUUAGGGAUGAUAGUGAUGCUUUUGAGAUAGCUGCUUCAGUCCAUAAUGAAUUAGGUGACAUUGAAAUAUAUGUUGAGCAGAAACCAAGCACAGGGGAUGCAACAUUUAUGGAGAAUGUAAGGAAGAGGAAGAAGGGCAUAAUGGAUGAAGGUGAUGAUGAACCAAAGGGUGAUGAGGGUGACGAGAGUUCUAGUUAUGAGUCAGUGAAGGAUAUUAAGUUUGAAGACAGUGAGGAAGAAAGGAUGAAUCCGUUUGAUGAAGGUUUUGAUGAGGGCUUUGAAAAGGAUGAACCGAAUAAGCAACCAACUGCAUAUGGUGCAGAUGUUGCAGGCUCUAGUCAGGGUAUGAAUCCUAGUUUGAUUACACCUGAAAUGGGUAAGGAAAAUGUCAUUGAAGAUGAGUAUUUGACUGAUGAGCUUGAUAGUGGUGCUGAAGAUGAUAGUGAUGAUGAUAGGCCUAGGGUUGUUAGGUUUAAUGAGGAAGAUGGUGUAAGCAAAGAUUUUAAGUUCAAGGUAGGAAUGGAAUUUUCAUCACUAAGUCAGUUCAAGAGUGCUAUUCUUGAACUUAAUGUGCUGAAUGGGAGGGAUGUCAGGUUUGAGAAAAAUGAUGCAGUAAGAUGCAGAGUUGUUUACAAGGAGAAGGGACAGUGCAACUACACUGUGUUGUGUAGCAGAGUGUUAACAUCAACUACAUUUAAGAUCAAGACAUUGUUUGAUAAACACAAGUGUGGAAGACAAUUUUUUAACAAGAGUGCAAAAGCUGAAUGGGUGGCAAAAGUAAUUGUUGACAAGAUGAAAAACUGUAGCAAAAUGAAAUUGAAUGAAGUAAUUGAAUAUGUAAGAGUGAGAUUUGCAACUGAAAUCCCUGGAUGUAGGGCAUUUAAGGCAAGGCAGAUUGCUAAGAGGGUUGUGGAAGGGGACUCUACCAAACAGUUCAGUCUAUUGUGGUCAUAUGGGGCUGAAUUGAGGAGGGCUUCCCCAGGAAACACCUUCAAGAUGAACAUACAAACUCCAGGACCAGGUUUACUACCAAGGUUUGAAAGGUGUUAUUUGUGCUUUGAUGGAACAAAGAAAGCCCUGAAGUUAGCUUGUAGGCCUUUUAUUGGACUAGAUGGAUGUCAUCUAAAGCACAAGUAUGGUGGGAUAUUGUUAAUAGCUGUUGGGAGAGAUCCAAAUGACCAGUAUCUACCAUUAGCUUUUGCAGUGGGUCUUGUACAAGUUUUUGAGGAGCAAUAUCUAGCUUUUGAACAUAGGUUUUGUGUAAGGCACUUGUAUGCAAACUUUAAGAAAAAGUUUGGAGGUGGAACCCUAUUCAGGGAUCUCAUGCUGGCUGCAGCAAAGGCUACAUAUGUGGAGGCUCAUCAGCAAUUCAUGCUUAAUAUCAAAGAGGAUAGCAAUGAUGCUUUUGAAUGGUUGGAAGCAAUCCCAAAAGCUAAGUGGUGUAAGCAUGCUUUUCCUUUGUAUAGUAAGUGUGAUGUCUUGAUGAAUAAUUUAAGUGAGUCCUUUAAUGCAACAAUCCUGCUUCAAAGGGAUAAGCCAAUCAUAACUAUGUUUGAAUGGAUUAGAUCGUAUCUAAUGGGUAGGUUUGCAACCUUAAGGGAAAAAGUUGUUGGGUAUAAGGGUAGAAUCAUGUCUAAACCACUUAGGAGGUUAGAUAGAGAGAUUGAAGAGAGUGUCAGUUGGACAGCAACUUAUGCAGGACAAUUGACCUUUCAAGUUACACAUGUAAUGUUUACUGAUAGUUUUGUAGUAGACCUAGUGUAA